AUGCCGGCGGUGUCUCAGUUGCAGGCGUUUCUUCCCACCGUUGCUGCAUCAAACGACAAUCACAGCCACUUCACGCCGGCGCUGUCUCCGUUGCCGCAGCCAAUAACUUCUAGACCACCACUUGUUUCCGUCGUCGGGAAAAAAUUUGGGAGAUAUGAUGUGGUGCGGGCGGUUAGGCGGCUGAUAGAUCAAUAUAUAGAAGGCUCUUGGAUAAGUUUUAAAGAAAUCCCUAAAGAAGUGAUCGAACAUAUUUGGAUUAAAUUCAAGACACUUUAUGAUUGGGAUUUUAGAGAGGAUGAAAAAGUUAGGGAAAACUUUGAGUUUAUCGUCCAAGAUCGAUACAGAGACCUCAUGGGUACAUUUAGGAAUAGAUCAGCAGAUAUGGCUAGAGCUGCUGGACAUGAUAUCUCACCGGAUAAUAAAGACUAUAAUAUCAUGCAAAAUUUUGUACCCAAUGGGAUGCAAUCUCAGAGGUGGAAGGAUUUGUGUAGGGAAUGGAACACGGAUGCGUGGCUGAAAAGAUCUGCAAGCGCGAAGAGUAACCGCAAUACCGCUGAUAGUGGUGGGAAAAUAGCAAGACAUACUGGGGGUAGUAUUAGUUAUGAUGAGCACCGCAUUAGAUUCAUAGCAAAAAAGGGACGACCACCCACAUUUUUGGAGUUGUUCUUGAUCACUCAUCUAGAUAAAACAUCAAAGAAGAAAUAUUUUGAUGGAGAUGUUGAGGGAAAGCAGUUUUGCACUGAGAGAGCAAGGGAAGCUUAUGAAGCGUACUCUCGAGCCUUGCUUGAGAAGUAUGGGGAUGAUUUGGUUGAUCACCCGAUUGAUGAUGCUGAAUUGUGGGCUAAAACCCAAAGGGAGAUAAGUGGUGCUUCGAGGAGUAGUUAUAUCUAUGGAGUUGGAUCUUCAGAUAUAAACUCUUUGUUCAAUGGGAAAUCAUCUGUUGGUGCGGGGUGUUCGUCGUCCUAUUGUGGGUCUCAACAGGAGGUUAAGGAGCUACGAAACCAACUUGAAAAUGUGGAGAGGGAAAGAGUUUUGAUGCAACAAAAACAAGAAAUGAUGGAACAACAAUUGGCUCAACUAAUGAGACGAUUUGGUAACCCUCCUGAAGACCGAUGUUAGUUUUGUUUGGAAUAUUUUAUUAAGCAUGUUGGUGAAGUACAAAAAUGUAAUUGUUUUGGUGAAGUAGUAGAUGGUAACUAUCAUCCGGAUGAAGUAUUGGUUUUGUGGAUAUUUAGUAAUUACUAUCAUGUUUGAGGUAUUGAAUAGUAGUUACCAUUUUGGAUUUAUAUUGAAUUAUUUGUGUUUGUUAUUAUUGUGGUUUAAAGUGCAUAUUUGAAGAAUUUGUAUUUGA